AUGGAGAGUGGGGGAGAGAUCACGCCUGUGCAAAACAGCACUGCUGACACACUGAACGCAGCAGCUGCCGCCAUUGCCUCAUCAGCAGGGAGCCGCCGCCGCACACAAUCUCCCGUCCCGCAGCGAAGGAAUUGGGCUGCUCGGCUGAGCAUGUACUUCUGCUUCGGGUCUCCGAAGAAUGGGCGGCGCAUCAACCAUUCUGCACUUUUCCCUGAACCCACGCCUCAAGGGACAAAUGGAGUUGCAGGAGAAAUUCCAAACCACCCACCGCCUCCUCUACUCCCGUUUGUGGCACCUCCAUCCUCUCCAGCUUCUUUUCAAGAAUCAGAACCCUCAUCUGUUGCCCAAUCGCCAAGUACAGGCGCUCCACCAUUUCCACCGCUCUCGCCGAAUUCCCCAUCAUCCAUAGGGCCACCAUCCAUUUUUGCUAUUGGGCCAUAUGCGCACGAGACAGAGCUAGUCUCACCUCCAGUGUUCUCAUCGGCCUUCACCACUGAACCAUCAACUGCUCCUUUCACUCCACCAGAAUCUGUCCAUCUGACUACAACCCCUUCCUCUCCGGAGGUCCCAUAUGCCAUGCUUCUGACUUCGGUGAACAACGGCAACAAUGGUGAAACAGGUGAUCUUGAGUCGUAUCCUUAUUGCCCGGACAGCCCAAUAGACCACCUGGUCUAUCCAAGCUCAGGUUAUUCUGGCCAUAUGCGCAGUGGCAGUUCCGUAUUGGAUUCCCACAUGACAGAAGCUGUACCAGUUACAGACUUCUCUGCCCGCCUUCAACACAAUGAUCAUGCUAUGGAUCGCCGGGCAUCGGUUGGGCUGACUGUAGAAGAUGUGGCGCGCUGCCUAGAAAAGAAAAUUGCUAAUCCUGGGGAUUCUGUCUCAGCGUCAUUUCGCCUUGCCCCCACCACCAGCAGUGGCAAUAACAAGAGGGAGUCUAAUGAUACAAGGGUGGGGCUAUACAUCGACGAAACGUACCAUGACUUGCCGGAGAAAGCAAGGCGGUCUCUGUCCCUUCGCCUGAACAAAGAGUUCAACUUCAACAUUGAUGAUUGUACUACUGUGGAUCCAAGCGUGGGGUCUAACUGGUGGGCAAAUGACAAGGUUACUGGGAUCACCGCAGAGCCAGAAAAAAAUUGUGGUGGUGGAGUCGAGCCCGUGUGCGCUCGUGGUGAUUCUUGCCUAGGUGCUGCUGGCGAAGGUGGAGCUAGAGGAGGUGGUGGAGCUGGUGGAGAUGCUGGAGCUGGUGGCAAAGAUGGAGCUAUAGGAGCUGGUGGCAAAGGUGGAGCUGGUGGCGAUGGUGGAGCUGGUGGAGAUACUGGAGCUGGUGGGAAAGAUGGAGCUAUAGGAGCUGGUGGCGAAGGUGGAGCUGCAGGAGCUGGUGGCGAUGGUGGAGCUGGUGGAGAUGCUGGAGCUUGUGGCGAUGUUGGCGGGGCCGGUACAUAUGGUAGAGCUGGUAGAGACUGUUGUGGUGAUGGCGAGUAUGGUGACGCCAACGCAUUGUCCAAGCGUGGUCUUCCCAUCUGCAGUGGGAUGUCUAUCUCAUUGUCUUCAUAG